AUGGCUGAGGCGGCCUACCGUGAUGCUAGGCCAGGAUCGAUCGACGCUCGAUCUUCAAAGCCUCCGAUGAAGGAGGACGACAUGGAUCGUGACAAGAGGCGCGAGUCCGCGGAGAAGCUGAAGCUGAAACAGACGCUCGAACAGGCCCAGCCCUCGAUGGCCAAGAGGCUUAAGGUGGGAGUGGCCUCCAAAGACUCAGGCUUCUCCGAUCCUUGGCCGUCGACUGGUGUCGAGAGCGCCCCGCCUCGUCCAUUGGUGGGGGAUUCCACCCCGCCGUCGCCGAAAGGAAGAGAGGAGAGGAAGAACGCGAGCGGGAGACGCAGCAACAACUGUAGGAGGGGCAGCAGCAGCCGCAACAGGAAGGAGAAGAAGGAGAGGAGGGGCGGCGGCCAGAAGGAGCCUAGCUCGAGGAGCUACUGGAGCAGGACCGGCAGCAGGAGCUGCGGGAGCUCCAGGAGCAGCAGCAGCAGAGGAGCCAGCAGUUAG